AUGGCCCCAAAAAAACCCGUUGAUGUUGGCACUGGGAAAGUCCCAACUGGGCUUGAAAUGGGAUAUUCAAAGAAGGGUUAUGUGACUUUUUUAGCUGGUAAAGGUGAUUAUGUUAAAGGAGUUGUUGGGUUGGCUAAGGGUUUGAGAAAGGUCAAGAGUGCUUACCCUCUAGUGGUGGCAAUCUUGCCCGACGUGCCGGAGGAACACCGGGAGAUUUUAAGGGCACAAGGUUGCAUUGUGAAAGAGAUCGAUCCUAUUUAUCCACCUGAUAAUGAUAUUCAGUUUUCCAUGGCUUACUAUGUCAUCAACUACUCCAAGCUACGUAUAUGGAAUUUUUUGGAAUACAGCAAGAUGGUGUACCUUGAUGGAGACAUCCAAGUUUAUGAAAACAUUGAUCAUCUUUUGGACACACCAAAUGGCUAUUUAUAUGCUGUAAUGGACUGUUUUUGUGAGAAAACAUGGAGCCACUCUCCACAAUUUUCCAUUGGGUAUUGCCAACAGUGCCCAGAUAAGGUUACUUGGCCUACUGAAAUGGGAUCCCCUCCUUCUUUGUAUUUCAAUGCUGGAAUGUUUGUGUAUGAGCCCAGCACAGUGACUUAUGAAAGCCUUCUUGAGACACUGAAAAUUACUCCACCAACACCAUUUGCAGAAAUGGAUUUUCUCAACAUGUUCUUCCAACAAGUCUACAAACCAAUUCCUCUGGAGUACAACCUUGUUCUAGCUAUGCUAUGGCGCCAUCCUGAGAACUUCGAACUUGAAAAAGUUAAAGUCGUUCACUACUGUGCUGCGGGAUCAAAGCCAUGGAGGUAUACUGGCCAAGAAGCUAACAUGGAUAGGGAAGACGUCAAAAUGCUUGUGAAGAAAUGGUGGGACAUUUACGAGGAUGUAUCGCUGGACUAUAAGGCUGAUGAAAUUAAUUCUGCAGAGGAAGAAACCUUCUCAAAACCAUCCAUUUUAGCUGCAAUGCCUGAGCCUGAAGUAUCCCACAUGCCUGCGCCUUCUGCUGCUUAA